AUGAGAUAUUAUUCAUAUCCGCGUUCUGUCGCCGUUAGUGACUUUAACAAAGACAUUUGGCCCGAUAUAGCUGUAGCCAAUACUGAGAUUGAUAGUGUCGGUGUAUUCCUUGGAGACAGGUAUCGAGCUUUUACUAGCCAACAGGUAUAUUUAACUGGUUCUGGUUCUCAUCCCUAUUUUAUUGCUGUCGGUGAUUUCAACAAUGACCAACACCUAGAUAUUGCUGUUGCCAAUUAUGACACUAACAACGUAGGUAUACUUCUUGGACAUGACGACAGAGCUUUUUCCAAUCAAAUAGCGUUCUCCAUUGAUCCCUCACAUCCGAUAUCUAUCGCUGUUGGUGAUUUCAAUAACGAUACAUGGCUGGAUAUUGUCGUCGCUAAUUAUGGAACUGACAACAUUGGUGUACUCCCUGGACAUGGUGAUGAAAGUUUUGAGAACAUGACUAUGUAUUCAACUGGAGACGGUUCUAAACCCUUGUCAGUAGCCGUGGAUGAUGUCAAUAACGAUAUGUUUUUGGAUAUUGUAGUUGCUAACUUCGGAACUGACAUUAUCGACAUAUUUCUUGGAUACGGUAAUGGAACUUUUACAGUCUUGAUGACGUACUCAACUGAGAUUGGUUCACAUCCAGUAUCGAUUGCCAUCAGUGAUUUUAAUAAUGAUAAUUGGUUGGAUAUUCCUGUGGCAAAUAAGGGUACUAAUAAUGUUGGUGUGUUUCUGGGAUAUGGUAACGGAACUUUUACGAAACAAAGGACAUAUUCGGUGGGGUAUGGUAGUAAUCCGAACUGGAUCGCUGUUGUGAAUUAUGCCACAGACAUCGUACUCAUUCUUUUGAAGAUUUGCCAGUGUUGA